AAGGCUUUUUUUUGGGUAAGGCAGUAGAAACAAAUUUAAUCCUUCUACAUAGGAUGCUGUCCAUAUGUGGAACCUUCAAAAUCGGUGUCUGAUCUUCAGUUUCCUGAUUUUCAGCUCCUCUGUUCUUCUUCCUCCCAUUCCCCUGUCAUUCUCUUUCCUCAUCUUCUUCUUCUUUCUUCCCUCCUCUUCUCUCCCCUUCUUCCUCCCUCCAAGGAUCAGCCAUUUUCCUGACCCGAAAAGCUCCUGCGACAUAUCACAAUGGCCACGGAAAAAGGGCGGCCCCUGCCUAAAUUCGGUGAGUGGGACGUUAACAAUCCCGCUUCGGCUGAGGGCUUCACGGUAAUCUUCACUAAAGCGAGGGACGAGAAGAAGUCCAAUGGAGCAGGACCUGUGGGAGCAGGGCCACCUCCAUCAGCUGCUUACCACCCGCCUAAACCAGUACAAAACUAUCAAGACCCUGCCAUGAAAAAAUGGUGGUGCUGUUUCUAACAUCUGCUGCUUGCUGCUGUGGAGAUAUGUUGCAAGACAUGGAGUAAGGUCUUGUAUUUGUGAUUAUAGCUGUUUAAGGUGGCCAGUGAGAUAGAAGGCUUCUUGCCUGGACAGCGAUAUACCCAAGAUAGCCGAUUCGGGUUUCAGUCAAGAUUCAGUUUUUUCAUGCAUUACUUUAGAGAAACAAUAGCAGUCAUGAAGGGAAGAAGAACUAUUCCUUAUAUGUACAGUUUCAUCUUUGUAUAGUAUCUUCAGAUUCUGAGUCAUAACAUAUUCGAUAAGUUCAGCAGAUGAAUACUAUGUUCAAGGAUACUGAGACUGAGGAUGUAGUGAAGAGCUUUUGAGGCUAGAGAUCUUCGGUUAUUAAUCUUCUGUGAA